GAUUGCAUUAGGGUGCAGAGCUUAGUAAGUGUUUAUUUUGCCCUGGAUAUUUACAGUGUUGUGUUGACAUACGUUAAAAAAUAUUCCCCGACAUUAAUAUGCGUUUCUCUAAUUAGUUUAUCGUGGUUUAUAUGUCUCCAGAACAAGCUAAGUGUUGUACGUGCCGUGUUAUGAAGACGCCGUAGAUCCGAGGAUGCUCAAUUUAAGUGUUCAAAAAUAGAACAGAAGCGUGUUUGGAGCCAGAAUAUUCUAGCGUGCCCGAAGCGUCGAUCGCAGAAAACAGUCAUUGCUUGUGUGUUGAAACGGAAUCUUCAAAAUGACGAAUCUACCGGCGACAGAAAAGAAAAAUAGCGCGGAAGACGAGAAGCAGGCGAACCAGCUGAAGGAAGAAGGCAAUGCCGCUUUCAAGGAAGGCGAGUGGGAUAAAGCAAUCAAUUGUUACACUCGAGCCAUCAAUUUAAUAAAAGGAGAAAGUCCCGACAAAGCUGUCUAUUACAAGAACAGGGCUGCAGUCCACCUGAAAAAAGAAAUGUUCAGAGAGGCGAUGGAUGACUGCACAGCAUCACUCGAAAUUACCCCCAACGAUCCCAAGGCCCUUUUCCGACGCUGCCAGGCAUAUGAAGCAUUGGGACGGUUUGAGGAGGCAUACAAGGAUGCACGACAGGCACAUACAGUGGACCCGGGGAAUAAAGCUCUGACCCCAGUCCUGGAGAGGUUGCACCGCAUUGUACAGGACCGGCUCAGAGAAAACGCUCAAACUAACAACAAGGUGUCGCAGAUGAUGAACUACGUGUGUGAUACGAGCACCGAGAAGGAGAAGCGCGAGACGGCCGCCAACAACCUGGUGGUAUUGGCGAGGGAGCGGGCCGGUGCCGAGUGCCUGUACGCGGCCGACGCCCACCAGCGCCUCGCCCAGGUCGCACACUCGGAGCCGAAGGGCAGUGCCGUGUGCCUGGCGAUAAUACGCUGCAUCGGCGAGCUGUGCCGCAACCACGAGGACCGGACGGAUGGCAUUCUGAAGUCGCUGGGUGUCCCCUGGUUCCUCGACAUGCUCAACUCGGCAAAGGAAGAGCAGGUGAAUGCGGCCCAGUACAUGAUCCAGACAGUGCUGAACGCACUGUCCGGCAAUGCAGGGGACCUGGGCUCGAACCCGGAGCAGAAGACUGUGGACCGGCACAAGCAGCAGCUGGACACCGUCCUCUCGUGCCUCGUCUACAGCACCACCAGCAGGUCCAUAACAGGGCAAGCCCGGGAUGCGACGAUAGAGCUGCUGACGCGGAAUGUCGACUACCGGGCACUUGACUGGGCGGAGAGGCUGGUGUCCAUCAAGGGCCUGCAGCGGCUGCUCGAGGUGGCGUCUGAGGUGCCCGAGUGUAAGUACGAGUCGGCCAUGGACAUCACGCCCAACACCCGCACCGUCGUCUCCGUCUGCCUCGCCAAAAUCUAUGAGAAUAUGUACUAUGACCAGGCCAAGGAGCGAUUUUUAAAUAAUGUUGAUGACUAUAUAAAGGACAAACUACUAACCCCAGACACAGAAUCAAAGGUUCGUGUCGUAGUAGCGCUGACGUGCUUGCUUCUUGGACCUUUGGAUAUUGGAAACACAAUUAUGGGCCGGGAAGGCAUUCUGCAGAUGAUUCUGGUCAUGGCAAAUACAGAUGACGUCCUGCAGCAGAGAGUAGCUUGCGAAUGUAUUGUCGCCGCUGCAUCCAAGAAGGACAAAGCCCGAGCUAUAGUUGCUGAGGGAGUCCCCAUUCUGAAGAAGCUGUACCAAAGCAAAGACCUGGGGGUGCGUGUGCGUGCCCUGGUCGGCCUGUGCAAGCUGGGCAGCAGCGGCGGCACCGACGCCUCCGUCCGGCCGUUCGCCGAGGGCUCCACCCAGAAGCUGGCCGAGGCCUGCCGGCGCUUCCUGCUCACUGCCAAGAACCAGGAUGCCAAGCGCUGGGCCGUCGAAGGUCUGUCGUACCUGACUCUGGACGCAGACGUCAAGGAGAAACUGAUCGAGGACCGAGAAGCCCUCCGUGCCCUGUUUGACGUGGCCCGUUCCGGAGACCAGUCGGUAACGUUCUGCUCCGUGACUGCACUGGUCAACCUGGCCAACGCGUACGAGAAGCAAGAGGUCAUCCCGGAGAUGGUAGAGCUGGCCAAGUUUGCCAAGCAGCACAUACCACAGGAACACGAACUGGACGAUCCCGACUUUGUUACCAAGCGUCUGCUGGUCCUCGGAAAGGAGGGCGUGACUUCGGCCCUGGUAGCUCUGGCGAAGACGGACAGCCACAAUGCGCGGGAGCUGAUCGCGCGCGUACUGAACGCACUGUGUGGGGAGACGGAGCUUCGUGGCAUUGUGGUGCAGCAGGGCGGUGCCAAGGCGCUGCUGCCGCUGGCGCUCGAGGGCUCCGAGCGGGGCAAGCGGCAGGCCUCGCAGGCACUCGCCCGCAUCGGCAUCUCCAUAGACCCCAAGGUCGCCUUCCCCGGCCAGCGCUUGCUCGAGGUGAUAAGGCCGCUCAUAUCGCUGCUGCACAUGGAGUGCUCAGCUCUGGAGAACUUCGAAGCCCUGCUCGCACUCUGCAACCUGGCGCAGGUCGCGGAGAAUGUGAGGGCACGCAUUGUGAAGGAGGGUGGGAUCCAGAAGAUCGAGCACUACAUGUACGAGGACCACACGAUGCUGAGGAGAGCCGCCACGCAGGUAAUGACAAACAUGGUGUCAUCACCCGACGUGGUAAAAAUGUUUGAGGGUGAAAAUGAUCGUGUCAAGUUCAUGACGCUGCUGUGCGGGGAGGAAGACGAAGAGACAGCAGAAGCAGCCGGGGGUGCCCUAGCAAUGCUCACCUUUGCCAGCAAGAAAGUCUGCGAGAAGGUAUUAAAGGUAACUAGCUGGGUCGAAUCGCUCCAGCGACUUCUGGGAGAUCAGAAACCGUCCAUGAGGCUUCGUGGCUGUGCAAUAGUGGCAUCGCUUGUCGAAUCAUCCAAGGAAAUAGCUGAGAAGGCAAUGGAGACAACAUUGCUGGAGGUGCUGAUGGCUUUCUCACAACUGGAAGGAGACUACGGAGCGGGCAACACCGAGGAGGGAAAGAAAGUGCGAGCCGUCGCCACGGACGCACUCAAGACCAUCGAGAACUGGGGCCUCAUCAGGAAGCCCGUCAGCGAGAGGGACGUGGGAGGCGAACCCCCGGAAGAAGACGACUGAGUGGGCUGUGAUACCGACAGGGUUGCUACUGAUCUGACUCUGUCGCUACAGAUUCUUUUGACAUUGAGGAUGCAAAUAAUAAUAAUAUUGUAGUCACAGAAGUUGAAGGCAAAUAGAAGACACACAGCAGACUGACAAAUUGAGUUAUGUAGAAAUGUCCACUUCAUUUCCACAUGGGACAUACAAUAGAAUAUUCCACUGUUGUUGUUUUUGUUGUUAUUCAUAACCCAGAAAGUUGGUUUAAUGCAGUACUCCAUUCCUGAUCACUCGCCUAUACUCUUCAUUUGAACACAACCACCACAUCCUGCUGCAUUGACAGUUUAUCUGCCUCGUACAUUCACAUCUAGGCCUUCCUUCAACUACGAGUGGUAGUCAUAAAGUUAUUGUCGAUAACUGUUCACAGAGUCAUCGUAAAGUUUUAAUUAUCUCUCAAAAAAAGUUACUGAUAAGAAAUUAAUUUCUUUUUUUGUUUAAUUGGAAGUACAUAUCUGCAGCUCUAGCACACAUUGAAAUGGCGCAACCCAGUGAUAAAGAGGAGAUAAGCUGUGCCAUUUUAUUUUGCACCUCUAGCCGGGUGUUACAGUUCUGUGAUACAGGGAUUUGAACAUGUAUGAGGAAUGCAGACUGGACCCACAAUCAACUGAACAAACAAAGAAAUUAAUUUGAAUGAGGACUCCAUCGGAAGUUGCGUGCAUCGUGAUCACCAAACCUGUAUUAAUAACAAGAGGUUAUUGGUCAUUGACAUAGAAAUCUUUAUUUCUGUUGCACUUCUAUUUCAAUCACUGUCUGACCGUCAUCAGUGU